AUGACGGAUAAUGCCAAGUUGCGGGUUGGUAUAUUUGAUGGCACUGCCACAAAAGUAGACUGCAGUGGUAAAUGUAAUGGUUGGCGCCAAGAUAAAGAUAAAGUCAGGAAGAGCACACUCAAUUGGCCAUUUGAGUUGCAUGUACCGGCUACGUUUGUCAAAACUCACCUAGCCGGGGAGGAAGGAAAGAUCAAAAUUGUGAUAGAAGAAGCUCAAUCUGAAAAGGAAUGGAGUUUUCUGCUGGAUGUUCAAGGGAAUCUUGGAAAGAUUUCUGGCAUUGCUUGGAAAGAGUUGGUGCAACAGAUGGACAUUGACAGGGGUGAUUUAUGCGCACUGGAAUGGGUCAAAGGGGAUAACCUGUUUUAUUUCCACAUCUUGGAAAUCAACCAUGUGUAA